UCAGAACUACCGAUUUGGAAUUACGAUGGCAGUUCCUGCUACCAAGCUGAGGGUUCCAAUUCGGACACCUAUCUAUAUCCGGUGGCCAUUUACAAGGAUCCUUUCCGACGCGGUAACAGUAUUUUGGUAAUGUGCGACACCUAUCGCUUCGAUGGCGAACCCACUGCUUCCAAUCAUCGCAAGACUUGUCUGGAAGUCGUGAAUAAAUGCAAGAAUGAAGAGCCAUGGUUUGGUAUUGAGCAAGAAUAUACAUUCCUCGAUUUCGAUGGACAUCCAUUGGGUUGGCCCAAGAAUGGCUUCCCAGGACCACAAGGACCCUACUAUUGCGGCGUGGGCGCUAAUAAGGUCUAUGCACGUGAUGUUGUCGACGCACACUAUCGCGCCUGUUUGUAUGCGGGCAUCAAAGUGUCUGGAACAAAUGCUGAAGUAAUGCCGGCACAAUGGGAAUAUCAGGUGGGUCCCUGUUUGGGCAUUUCAGUCGGUGAUGAUUUGUGGAUGUCGCGCUUCCUUUUGCAUCGUAUUUCUGAGGAGUUUGGUAUUGUUGCCACUUUGGACCCCAAACCCAUGCCUGGUGAUUGGAAUGGCGCAGGCGCACAUACCAAUGUUUCUACAAAGCGCAUGCGCGAGGAUGGCGGUAUUAAAGAUAUUCUUGCUGCAGUUGAAAAACUCUCCAAGCACCAUGAACGUCACAUUCGCGCCUACGAUCCGAAACAGGGUCAGGAUAAUGCGCGUCGUCUGACAGGUCAACAUGAGACCAGCUCAAUCAAUGAUUUCAGUGCCGGCGUUGCCAAUCGUGGCUGCUCCAUUCGCAUACCGCGUGGUGUGAAUGAUGACGGCAAGGGUUAUUUCGAGGAUCGUCGUCCCAGCUCCAACUGUGAUCCCUACUCGGUAGUAGAGGCUAUUCUACGUACAAUUUGCCUGGAUGAAUAGAUGGCGCGCGAUCAACCAGCAUUUUUUUUUGGAGACAAUUGGCUAAACGUUUCUUGACGCAGGCGUAGUGAGUCAGAGUACAUACCAGCAAAGUGAAACGAAACCAAAGUCAGCGAAUGAACUUGACAAUAAAAUAUUCAUUAAGUUUUAAGCAACAAUAAGAAAACUUUAUAAUUGGUAAAUUAGAGAAAAAUGAGUCGUCAGUUUUAAAAGUAAAAGCGCAGUUACACACGGACGUAAAAACGGAGAACGUGUCAGCUGACGCGGUCUAUCUUAUGGGAUCUGCGUGUUAACAAGACGUUGCUUCUCUCUCUCUCACGGUAUCAACAGCAAACUUGAUAUGUUUCUACGCACUUCUAUGCUACGCUGCGUUUACGCUACGUGGGUAACCGCGCUCUAAAUAUUUUUAUAUUUUUUUUUUGGUUUAUAUAAGAAAAGCUAAGAAAGCAAAUCCUGCGAUUUUUGGCGUUGGCCACCAAUUAUUUCUUGUUAUUUUUUUUUGUAUUUGUUGCAUAAUUUUAUUUAAAUUUUCCAUUUGUCAUAAGAGAAUUUAUUAAUUGCUUUCAGGCAAGCCAUUUGUUAUGCUCACAUGGAUGUGUAAUAUAACUAAAAUGAUACAAGUGCACUUGUGUAGCUUCAUACGUUAGAAUACAGUGGAAUAUAGUAUGUAAAAGUAAAUGAAGCUAUACAACUUUAUGAUUUUCCCUUUAUGACAAAAGUAUUGUUAUCUGCAACACAGUUAUGCACAAGUUCAAACAUGUACAAUAUUUACCGAUUUCAAGUACAUAUGAUUAUAUGCAUAAUUGUUAUUGUUAUAUAGUCACUCUACAAAUCGCUAUUUAAUUAAAAAAAUUAUUAUAUACAUAUCGGUGUUCGUAUGGAAUAGUAAAUUAUGUCGAAAGGCUGGUUUUUGUAUAAUGUGUAAUAAACGCGUAAAAAUAGUUCCGAUACUGGCAAGUCAAUAUUCUGAUUAAGUCUCAUCAAAAAAUUCCUUGUCGUUUCAAGAGUAAAGCGAAUGCCGCAUUAUACUAAAGCCAACUUCGCGACAUAAGCUACUAUUCCAUAGGAACACAGAUAUAUACUUGUAUUUGUUGUUAUUGAGGCAGGAAAUAAGACAAAUGCUACAAACGCAAUGAAAGACAAAUGUUUAAGGUAAAAAGCUUUAGAUAAUUAAUAACAAAAAACACGAAGAAAAGUGAAUUGAAUAGCUAAAAAAUAUUAUAGUAGACAAUUAAGAGCCUAUGUGUAUAUAAUCACAUAAAUAUAUACAUACAUAUGUAUACACAUGCAUAUAUAUGAAUGAAUACGUAAAACAAAGCAACGAGAUUUCAUCUAAUCAAUUGUAGUAUAAUCUAUAUUACAAAAGCUAAAUAUGUAUGUACGUAUAACGAAUACUAAACAGUAUAAUAUUAUUGAUAAAUAAAAACUAUUUAGAUGUACUAAUACGCACAA